UUAGCGAACAGUCUUCGUUUGUGAGUGCGUGUGGUCUGCGGAGGGAAACGUUUUCUCUAAGUUUCGUAGCCUCGGUGGUGUGAAUUCGUUGAUUUUUGGGUCGUUGUUUGAGCUCGUCUUUGCUGGGAUUGGAAUGAUGAAGUGGCUCUCGGCAGCGGUCGUCCUCCUGGCGGUGACCUCCGUCCAGCCUCAGUGCUUCUCCGAGAACGAUGACCUCUCCAUCCCCCCCAGCAACGACCUCUCCGGUAUUGCGGACUUCGGCCUCGAGCUCUUCAAGGAGAUCUUCCCCUACAACUCCUCGAGCAAUUUCUUCUUCUCUCCGUAUAGCGUGUGGAAUGCUCUGACUCUCGCCUAUUUCGGGUCGAGUGGGAACACGCAGGCGGAGCUCGAGCGCGUGUUGAGGGUCGAGGACAAGGUCACGACGCUCAAGAACUGGAGGACGCUCGAGUUUCUGUACGACAUGAGGCAGACUAACAACAGUGAUUACACUUUUAAGGUCGCCAACCGCGCUUAUUUCGACUCGACCGUGAACUUGACUGGUUGUGUGGGUGAUAUUCUUACGAAUGAACUGCAGGUGGUCGAUUUUACAAAGACCGAGGAAGCCGCCGGGACCAUCAACAACUUCGUGUCUAACACCACCAAGGGGCGCAUCCCGUCCCUGGUGGAGGCGAAGGAUCUCAUCAACGCCAAGAUGGUCCUGGCCAACGCCGCCUUCUUCAAGGGCACUUGGCUCUACCAGUUCAAGAAGUCGGCCACGCGCCCCCACCUCUUCUACUCCAGCCAGAACGACUACACCUUCGUCGACAUGAUGACGCAGAAGGGCAACUUCAGGCACGGCGUGUCUGAGGAGCUCGGAGCCCACAUCCUGGAACUCCCCUACACCGGCGAGGCCAUCUCCAUGUACAUCCUGCUGCCUCCUUUCAUCAGCGGCGAGCAGGGCUUCAACGCCAUGGUGGAGAACCUCAACGCCACCACGCUCCACUACGCCAUCGACGACAUGUGGCGCCUCGAGGUGGAGGUGGUCAUUCCCAAGUUCAAGCUGGAGCAGAUGGUCGGGGACGAGCUUAUGGAGUCCCUGUCUCGCAUGGGCAUCAGCGACCUCUUCACCCCCGGCGCCGCUGACCUGUCGAGCUUCGCGGACGACACCGACCUCAGCGUCGGCCGCAGCAUCCACAAGGCCUUCGUCGAGGUAUCUGAGGAAGGCACAGAAGCCGCAGCAGCCACCGCCUUCAUCUCCCUGAGGAUCGCCAGACCUGUAGGACCGGAGAAGUUCGAGUGCAACCACCCCUUCCUCUUCGUCAUCUACGACAACCUCACCAAGAACAUCCUCUUCAUGGGAGCCUACAAGAACCCCAAGGCUUAAGGUCCCCUCGGGUCCCCCAUACUCUUUACAAAGAACGCAUCGGCGCUGCAGAGGAAUCAGCAACAAACGAAGUGUUACUGCAGGUUGAAUGCACGAAUGAAUGAGUGAAUGAGCGUGUGAUUCAUCGUCUGUGGUAGGGAUGCAGCUGAUCUGGCAUUGGCAGCAUUCCCUCUGUCUUGGUUAACCCUGUGCCGUGUACUUGAGUCAACCACGUAAACUGCAAUACAGGGGAUCCAACACUUUGGUUCGUGUGAAAGUUUGUGAGCUCUGAACUAGUGUCAACUUGUCUGCCAUUUUCUUCAAUUUUCUGUCACAUAAAUAACUUGUCUUCCGAUGACUUUGUAACUUACAGUUUUGUAGAAUCUCCCCUUCAUUCUGGUUGAGAAUUAUAUUUGAACCAGAUUAAUGGUAGGGAAUAAUGCAGUUUGCGAAAUGUAUUAUAAACUUGAUCUUUCUAUUCUGAAAACACUGACUCCGUCCCUAUAUUUCCGGAAUUUUAUACUUAUUCUUAUACUGAUACUGAAUAAUGCACAUUUACACAUACACAUUUAAAUCCACACGCAACAUAUUGUAUAUAUGGACGUGUACUUGAAUAUCCGCGUCUUUUCCAAACCGAAUGAAGUGAGAAUUUUUAUAUUUAUUCUGACAACCAAAGUAUGUGCUUACCAUUAUGUUAAGUUAACCAAUAAAGUCUUGUAGUAAAACG